AUGACGACUAAUGGGCAUAGUUCGAGUUUUGGAGUGGACUUCUUGAUGGGCGGUGUGAGUGCGGCAGUGGCCAAGACUGCAGCGGCACCUAUAGAGCGUGUGAAGUUGAUGAUGCAGAAUCAGGAUGAAAUGAUUAAACAGGGUACUUUGCAACAUCGUUAUACGGGGAUUGUAGACUGUUUCAGUAAAACUGCUUCUCGAGAAGGUGUGAUAUCAUUCUGGAGAGGUAACACUGCCAAUGUGAUAAGGUAUUUCCCCACUCAGGCUUUGAAUUUUGCCUUCAAGGACAAGAUCAAAGCUAUGUUUGGUUUUAAGAAGGAAGAAGGGUAUGCGCGGUGGUUUGCAGGUAAUUUGGCCUCUGGUGGAGCUGCAGGUGCACUGUCAUUGUUCUUUGUAUAUUCGCUGGAUUACGCGAGGACCAGGCUAGCUGCCGAUGCUAGUCAUCAUGGCGCAAAACGCCAGUUCAGCGGUCUUCUGGACGUGUAUAAGAAGACACUAGCUUCUGAUGGGGUCGCUGGGCUUUAUAGAGGGUUUUUGCCCUCUGUUGCAGGGAUCAUCGUGUAUAGGGGGCUCUAUUUCGGACUUUACGACUCGUUUAAGCCUCUUCUCUUGACGGGAUCACUUGAGGGUUCUUUUGCAGCUUCUUUCUUACUAGGAUGGGUAAUUACUACAGGUGCGUCGACGGCUUCGUACCCUCUGGACACGGUGAGAAGACGUAUGAUGAUGACUUCUGGUCAAGCGGUCAAGUACAGUGGUGCUUACGACUGCUUUAGUAAGAUUGUCGCUGCAGAAGGUGCUACUUCGCUGUUUAAAGGCUGUGGAGCCAAUAUUUUCAGAAGUGUAGCUGCCGCAGGUGUCAUCUCGCUAUAUGAUCAACUCCAAAUGAUCUUCUUUGGUAAGAAAUUUUAG